AUGACUAAAGAAUAAAGAGAAUAAUUAUAUGUAGGAGGUUUUAAAAUAAAAGACGGUCUUUUUAUGGGAGACUAAUCUUCAAUAUAAGUAAAAAAUAAAAGAAAAAAAAGUAAUUAAAAAAUAAAAAAAUAGGAUUAAGACUAUAUAAAUAUGAAUAAAAUAAGCAAUAUAAUAAAUUGCUCAGGAUAACAGUUAGUAGUUCCAUAUAGUUAAAACAUAAAAUAAUUAACUUUUAACUGGCAAGAAACCGAAAACUAAGUUUUAUUUGAAAAAAAUACUGUCUAAAAAAUAAUAGAUUUUAUUAAAGAAGCUGAAGAAAAAGGAGAAAGUGUACUAAUAGUUUCAUAAAAGGGAACAAAUAGGAGUGCAUGUGCUACUAUAAUAUAUUUAUUAUACGAAUAUAAAUGGACAUUGAAUAAAUGUUUAGAUUUUUUAUAAAAUAAAAGAUCUCAUAUAAAAUUAUCGACAAAUUUUUAAUAAUAAUUAAUGAAUUAGGAAAAAUUAUUAAAAAAUUCAGGCCUAUCUUCAGUCUGGGAUUUAAAAAGCAAUUAAUUAAGUAGUUCUGAUGAAGCUCUAAUCUCAAAUACUUAUUUGAACUCUAUAAGUUAAAAUAAAGGAGUUAACUUAUAUUUUAAAAAUAUUCCAAAAAAAAAACUCUCAUUUUCCCAAGAAAAAAAUACUAAUAAUAUUUAACGAGCUAUUAAAUGGUCAGAAGAUAAUAUGGUCUCUAUUAUUGAAAAUAAUAAUAAAACUAAUUCUGUUUCUUCCUCUUUAACAUAAAAUAAUUAAAUAAAACAUUUUGUUAAAUCUAUGAUAAAAGGUUCAAUUACAUAUUUUGAUAAAGCAAGUGGAACUAAAAUAUAAAUUCCAGAAGAAGAAGAAUAGAAACAAAGAAAAAAAUUAUUUCUUAAUAAUUAAAAUAAUUCUUAAAAUAAUAUUAGGAAUAGAGUUAGUUCAUUGGAUAUUAAAAAACAACCCGCCGUUAUUUAGAAAUCAAAUUUAAGAUCUUAGGCUUAAGAAUAUUUAGACGAGUUAAUAAAAGGAAUCUGA